GCGAAGGGGAAGAGGAGGAGGUGUGGCAACCCGGAACCGGAAAGGGUGAGGAGGAGGCGAAGGAGGGUCUGCUUCGAGAAAGGGGUCUGUGGAGAACGUAGGAAGAAGCCGGCACCGGCGGAGAGUCCAGGCCGCAGCUCUUCACAACAACGCCCGGACUGAGCUGCACCAAUGAUGUCUGACAACGGAGAACUCGAAGAUAAGCCACCAGCCCCUCCAGUGCGGAUAAGCAGUGCAACAGUCUUCGGUUCUGGGUUGAAAGACCCCCUAUCAAGCAAUCACAGCCUUAAACCCCUUCCACUGAUCCCGGAGGAAAGAAAAUCUUCAAGAAAUAAAAUAAUAUCCAUCUUCUCUAGUAAUGAAAAAGUGGGCAAAAAGAAAGAGCGCCCAGAGAUCUCUCCGCCCUCUGACUUUGAACACACCAUACAUGUGGGUUUCGAUUCUGUGACUGGGGAAUUCACUGGAAUGCCAGAACAGUGGGCACGGUUGUUGCAAACAUCAAAUAUCACAAAGCUAGAACAGAAGAAGAACCCACAAGCUGUACUGGAUGUGCUUAAAUUUUAUGACUCAAAGGACACUGUGAAACAGAAAUACCUUAGCUUUUCAGCACCAGAUAAAGAUGGUCUCCCCUCUGGGGUAUCGCCUGCUCCAAAUGCAAAAGGGACUGAACCUUCAAGGCAUUCAGAUACGGAAGACGAUGAGGCUCCACCUCCAAUUAUUGCUCCUCGCCCCGAUCAUACAAAAUCUAUAUACACCAGAUCUGUAAUCGACCCAAUACCUCCUCCUGCUAGUGAUGCAGAUGGUACAGCAAAGGGUGCAGACAGGCUAAAAAAGAAGACGAAGAUGAGUGAUGAAGAGAUCAUGGAAAAACUCAGAACUAUUGUGAGCAUAGGCGAUCCUAAGAAGAAGUAUACCCGAUUUGAAAAGAUCGGGCAAGGUGCCUCGGGGACUGUCUUUACUGCUAUUGAUGUAGCCACUGGGCAAGAGGUUGCGAUCAAACAGAUUAAUCUGCAGAAGCAGCCCAAGAAAGAGCUGAUCAUAAAUGAGAUUCUUGUUAUGAAAGAGCUGAAAAACCCAAAUAUUGUAAACUUCCUAGACAGUUUUCUAGUUGGCGAUGAGCUGUUUGUUGUUAUGGAAUAUCUGGCCGGUGGUUCUCUCACAGAUGUGGUCACAGAGACCUGCAUGGAUGAAGCACAAAUAGCUGCUGUAUGUAGAGAGUGUUUGCAAGCGCUGGAGUUCUUACAUGCCAACCAGGUCAUUCACAGGGACAUCAAGAGUGAUAAUGUUCUUUUGGGAAUGGAUGGCUCUGUCAAGCUGACUGACUUUGGCUUCUGUGCUCAGAUUACCCCAGAGCAAACCAAGCGCAGCACUAUGGUUGGAACCCCAUAUUGGAUGGCACCAGAGGUGGUGACCAGGAAAGCAUAUGGACCGAAAGUAGACAUAUGGUCCCUUGGUAUCAUGGCUAUUGAAAUGGUGGAGGGAGAACCACCUUACCUCAAUGAGAACCCUCUAAGAGCUUUGUAUUUGAUUGCCACUAAUGGCACCCCGGAGCUGCAGAAUCCUGAAAAGCUGUCUCCAAUCUUCCGAGACUUUCUGAACCGCUCUUUGGAGAUGGAUGUGGAGAAGAGAGGCUCAGCUAGAGAGCUCCUACAGCACCCAUUCUUGAAACUUGCUAAGCCACUGUCCAGCCUCACACCUCUCAUCCUGGCUGCAAAAGACGCCAUGAAAGGCAACCGCUAACAUCCAGUCAAGCCCUUCCUCUUUAUCGCCCUUUGCCUUCUUAACCAACUUAACAUUUUUGCAAGUGCCACUCUGGCUCUGCUCGCACGCUUCUGAGACGAGGAUGUGUAAAACCAGUGGCCUUCUGUGAAGAGAACAGAAAUCUGAGCAUCAUAUAUUUGUCUACUUGCUGUGGCAAUGAAAGUACUGAGAAAACGAAAUGGAGACCCACCAUGUUCAUCUUUCUUCCUGGAAGAAACAAAUUAAACUGAUUUCUGUCUGUGGCCUUUACAAUCCCUUGAGUUUCAGGGGUUACGACUGCAUUAUGGGAAUUGCCUUACUUUUAUAUGUCUGCUUUUUUCAUUCUGAGGACCCCCCACUCCUGUUUUCUGGCCUUUUCUUGAUACUUGAAUAACUCUCAUGCCAGUGUCAGAGCUUUUUCUCCACUCUUUGCUGGCUCUUUAUAUUCCUCUUGCUGUCUGUGUGCCUGGAUCAGGCACAAUGUGCCCUCUGGACAGCCAUUCUGCCACCACUGUGUUCAACCUCUUCCCUGCCACAACUGUAUGUUGCUGUGCCCUGUAGUAGGGAAGACAUGAAAAUGUCUUACUUGUCUGUCAUGUCCAUUCAAAUAGGGAAAGGGCUAAGGAAAGUGGGGAAGUAAAGACAUUUUUUACGAUUUGUGCCAUGACAUUUCAAGACCUACAUGCUUCUUCCGCACAUUGAUGGCCCUUUUGUGGUUAACAUGGACACUUAAAUGUAACUUCCAAGUGCUCUUAACAUUUUUUAUUUUUUUUCCUUUUUUGUUAAGGCUUCAUAUAGUAUCAAGUCAAGGGAAUUAGUGCCAAAGUUAGUUACUAUGCAGCGCCUGUAUUUUCUUUUUAUGAAUCAUACUUGGUCAGUUUAUACAUUUAGUGUUUGGCAAAAACUGCAAUAUGCAAAAAAAAAUGCCUAGGGAAAAUUUCUGUGGGAAUCUCAAACAACCAGUAUUUCUGUAAUUAUGUGGAAGCUGAUUUUUAUUAAGAAAAAGCAGUUGUUUGGUAAGUUGGUAAAAGAUUAGUAUUUCCCUUGAUGUUUGUUAUUGCGUAAGAUAUUAAUAGUGCAAUUUAGACUUCUAGUCAGACAAAUGCCAGGUGACCUUUGUCUUCAUUAGUUACCAGCAAAUUUCCUUUAAAGGCCUUACUUGGCCAAAAGGGGUUCCAUGUUUGUUUUUUUUGUUUUUUGUUUUUUUUCUUCACUGGACAAAAGGGAAUUUGUGUACAAUGCUAAACUGCCAACCGGACUCUAUUUCCUGGUCCUCAAUUUCCUUGCCUUCAAAUGGCUCUGAUUUGACCUUGUUGUGAAAUGAGCACAAGGAUGAAUGUAGGUCUGUAGACAUUUCAUGAGAUGCCCAUAUCAAGACUGGAAGAUGUAAAUCAGUCAUUCUUUGAGCAAUAGCAAACGUGUGCCUUUUACUUGGAUUUGGUUACUGAAAAGCUGCAGUGUGUGGUUUGGACGAGUUAGAGUAGAACUCGGGCACCUGUCAAAUCAAGCACAGCAGGCAUUUUAAGGAGAUGGUGAAUCUUCAUUUACAGCAAGCCAUCAUUUUCUAUGAGCAGUGGUUGCAUGCCGUAAGCCACUGUCGCAGGAUUUUUAGCUGCUGUGCAAGCAGUCCCUGCAUUUUGGUGUGCCCCGGAGGCACAGGGCCCUCUGACUGCAGCCUGUCCAUGUCUAUGAAUGCUGUACAAAGUGGAACUUGCUUUUAGGGCACUAUGCUUUAAAAUAUUUAUGUUCCAGGCAUUCAGCCCUAAAUGCAUAGAUGCUGCACCUGUCUCCUAGGUGCCCUAAAAUGCUGGGAUUGCAUGCACAGCCGCUAGACGGCCCCUGUGCUACCUGCUUUAUGGGGGUUGUUUUUCUGGCUAUAGAACAUCAGCUACUGCAGUCGCUUUGUACUUGACAGGUUAGAAGGUUGUCGUAUGUUUUUGCUGCUGCCAAGACACUGACUUGUUUUCCUAAAGAGAUUUCAUUUUGUCACUAGAUUUUUGCACUGUCUACUUUUCUAACCGCUGCUACUUUUUGCUCCUUUACUCGGUUUAUUUUCUUUCUUUGUAGGUAUAUUUCAUAAAUGCUUUUGGUUUUAUAGCAUGUGCUAUGCUUUGGUUUGUUGGUCAUGUGCUAUGAACUGUUACCAUGACCGCUGUCUCCUUUAGGCUUUAUACACAGUGAUGCAAUGAAGGUUAUCUCCAUCUAGUAUAGUGACCUGCAUUUACAGCACAUUGUAAUUAGUUAGCUCUAACUGAUCUCCGUGUCCGGUCACUAGAGGGAAACCAAGCAAACAUGGCAUUGAGUGCUUACAUCUGCUUUUAUUAAUGGGAGCUCUAGAUUAUUAUUAUUUUUUUCAUCCAGCAGCUAAGGUACGUAUAGAUGAAAACUUUGCCCCCUACUGCAGUGUGUUUAAACAUAUACAAAUAUCCACAGUAAUACUUUAGCUUACAAUAAAUAUUUAUUGUUACAGACCACUUCAGAAUUGUAGGACAGAGAGCUGUGUGGUAACCCAUAGCAAUUAAUUACAAGAAACCUUUUUCUACGCUGUAUACAGUUGAAUUCUGAUGCUAGAUGUACCAGCACAGAAUGGUUCUGUUGCACACUGUUCACCUAAGGUCUUGUGAAACUGCUGGCUUAAUAUGUACCUGACAGCUCUACACAGUAUAGGUAGCCAUUUUGUGAGAUUAAUUGGUUAGCAUGUUAUCUUGAGAGAAGGGGGUCUUGUCUUUCAAUUACAUUUUUGUGGGGCACAUGGUAAGCCAAACUAAUACAUUGCCCAUUAUUCCUGAAUUGGUUACUUAGUAAUUUCUACUCAGUCGUUGCAUGUAUUUUAAUAAAUAUGGCUACCAAGUGCUCUGUGUGCUCAGCAGGCACACCUUUUAAGAGACUCCUUUUAAUAAGAAUUUAUGAAGGCUUACUGUGCUAAGUGAGUUUUGAAAAAUUGGAUUUUCAUUUGCAUAUAUUUUGCUGUGCCCCACUGACCUUGGAAGCAACGUUUCCAAACAUCCAGUCUGAGGCUUAAGCAGUGUACAUAUCAUGGUCACAUUCACUGCCAGCCUGAGAUUGCAUCUCCCAAGAUGCCUUGCAAUGGCAGUGAGUAAUGUGUACAUAUCCAAUGCUGCAUUUGAAAAAGCUUGGUGAGGAAAUUGAGGGAUGGUGUAUGUGCUUGCACUGCCUGCGUCUGUACAUAUUAAUGUAGUCCAUAAUGGAAAUGCACCAAGGAGUAAGAUAAGGCACUGAAAAUGAUAGCAGUAGCUUGAAACAUCAUCUGGCUCUAUAUGUAUACCCUGAAACCCAGAAGUACAAUGAGACUCGAUUGCAGUGUGAGGAGCCUGGUUACUUGGUUUAAUCAACAGUGUGAUUUCUAUAAUAACGGGUAUCGGGCAAAGACUCCAGACCUUGCCAUGUAGUCCUUAUAUGUACAUAGAUGGCUUACAUUUUGCAUCGGAGUACUGCAUUGUUAUCAAGGCUCAAUAGAGAGCCAGUACUUGUGAAAAUCCUUCACCAUGGUGCUCACAAGUGAAAAUCAAGGGCUUUUUUUUUUCAUAUUAUGCAAAGGUUUCUGUCAAAUGUUUUUUAUGUCUAACUGUUGAUUUCUUGGGUUUUUAUUUUCUCAACAGUCAUUAAUGCUCAUUGUUGGUAAAGGAACCUCAGCGGUCUCCCCCCCCCCCUUUUUUUUUUUUUACCUUAAGGUGAAAUCAUUUUAAUAAAAUCAUGUUUCUUUUUGUUCAGAAUGCAAGAUAAAAUAUCUAAAGGCCUCUCUGAGCUUGUCAAACAUCAGUGCACCAUAUGGUAUUUUGUGUUGAUAAACCCCCCAGGCAGCAGUCUUUGGCUACUGCUUAGUAUUUAGAAGUCAGUUGACGAAUCAUACUGUAUCGGAGUUAAGUGUGAAGACGGCUGUAAUUGUUUCAGGAUAAAUUGUAUUGCUUUGAAAUGCAUGUAAAUAGCUAGGACUUGGCAGACAAAUACGAGAAUGUUACAUGAAUUUUUGUAGGCGAAUGCAUUAACCCCCUACAUAGGGCAUUUCUAAUAUAUAAUUUCUUUUGUGUUAACAAAACCCUGACUCCUUAACAUCUGAGACGUGAACGGCAAAAUUGUUUUAAUACUGAAUAUAUAAUUUCUUUUCAAGGAUUUGGGAAAAUAACAGAAUUUGAACAAAGGGUCUGAAAAUAAUAUUUGCUUUGUAACAACACUUGCAGUGUAUACAUACUAUUACUGCUACUCCUGUGGAGCCAGCAGCAUGGUGGCACAGUCAUUGUCCAAGCUGCUCUGCUACCCCCUUCUGUUUUCAGACUGCAAUCGCAUAGUCUUGUCAGAAUUCCUGCAGCUAUUUACUGUCAGAUCUGCCUUGACUUCAGUCAAAUACAAAUCUUGCCUUUGGCUGGGAGACCUUAAUACACAGUUUAUUACUAAAUAACUCCCCAUUUCCAGCUGCAGAAUUCAGUACAACCUCCACCUUUCUGACAAAUUUGGGGUUUGAAGGUUAAGCUAAACUAGAGAUUUUAGUCUCUAGUUGCUCGGCAAUUUAAAAUGAAUUCUCCAUGAAGAAAAACAUUGAGGCAGCCAUUGCUGAUUUGCAACUCCUACUUAUCCAAUGACUUUUAGUCCCUAAACCAGAACAAGUAGGCAGAUGAGCUUUCCCGAUCUGAUGUUGUUGAGGGUUACCGAAACAGGCAGUAAACUUGCGUUUACAGGUCAGCAGUGCCAGCCCCCCCCCCCCCCCCCAUUGUUUUCCAUGACCAGUUUAUUUUGCCCAUUUGUUACGCCAUUUGCGACGCACUUAAAUCAACAUUUUGCUAUUAGAUUACCGGCAUGUGAAAUUUCUCGGCAGUAAAAGAUUAAAUUGCCCCUGUGGCUUGGUCAAGCAGGGUAGCAUAAUUGACUUUCUCAACAUUCCUUUGGUUUUACUUUUGCUUCUACAGGCCCUUGAAGUGCCCAUUGCAUUCUGUGAGAAACAGUUGUUACCAUGAGCAUGCAAUACUUUCCAGUAUUUGUGGAAUCCUGGAGCGGUAUGUGCAUUCUCUAGGUGUGGCUGUUUUUUUUUUUACAUGGCAACAAGCAACUUUUGUAACUUUCCUAGGUAUAAUAGACACUUAAAGAACUGCUUUCGUCAAAGUGGAUAAGAGACUUUUGUCUGUGGGUGCAGAAUCCAGGCACCAGCCCAUAGCUACAGGACAGGUUAAUGCUUGAUAAGCCGGACAUAUAGAAUUAAUUUACCUUUUAUGGGAGGAAGGGCUAAAGGUAACAUGCCUGCAGUAAUUCUGGGGCAUUGACUAUAGGGCCCAACAGUAAAGACUUGAUGGGUAUUCAGUAUCACUUGCAAUGGUAAUAAUUUCACUGACCUGCUUUACCAUAUCAGAUUUCCAAAAGCUGUAGUUUAAAGCCAUGUCCAUAGCUGUUCCUUGAUUCCCCAGAAAAAUGUGUUAAUUUCAGUAUGAAUCCACUAAGCUGUUUUGCUAUAUUUCAUGAUUUCUUUGCCUCUCUGUAGCCUUUGCAUGCUGAUGUGUUCAUAUUUCUGUGGAUCUUUUUUCUGGAGUUCUUCCUUUACCUAACUUGUUUAAUUUAUCCCAUCUUUUUUAUUUAAUUUGUUAAUUUUUACGGCAAUAACUACUGAAUCAUUUGUGUGCGUCGACCUUGCUUGGAAUAAACUUUUUGUUUUAUUUUAA